CUUUUCAGUGAUGUCUUGGCAUUGCCCAUUUUCAAGCAGGAAGAUUCCAGCCUUCCAUUGGAUGAUGAAACUAAAAACCCGCCUUUUCAGUAUGUGAUGUGCGCCGCAACAUCUCCAGCAGUAAAACUGCAUGAUGAAACGCUCACUUACCUGAACCAAGGCCAAUCCUAUGAAAUUCGGAUGCUGGAUAACCGGAAAGUGGGAGAUAUGCCUGAGAUCACUGGAAAAUUGGUAAAGAGCAUCAUAAGAGUCGUAUUCCAUGAUAGACGGCUACAGUAUACAGAGCACCAGCAACUUGAAGGUUGGAAGUGGAAUCGCCCAGGAGAUCGACUUCUUGAUUUAGAUAUUCCAAUGUCUGUGGGAAUAAUUGACACAAGGACAAAUCCAAGCCAGUUAAAUGCAGUUGAAUUUCUGUGGGACCCUGCAAAACGCACAUCUGCUUUUAUUCAGGUACACUGCAUCAGCACAGAAUUUACUCCACGGAAGCACGGAGGUGAAAAGGGAGUGCCUUUUAGGAUCCAGGUUGACACCUUUAAGCAAAAUGAAAAUGGAGAAUACACAGAUCAUCUACACUCAGCUAGCUGCCAAAUCAAAGUUUUUAAGCCUAAAGGUGCAGACCGGAAGCAAAAAACUGAUCGAGAAAAGAUGGAGAAGAGAACUGCUCAUGAAAAAGAAAAGUAUCAGCCGUCCUAUGAUACCACAAUCCUCACAGAGUGCUCUCCGUGGCCUGAUGCCCCCACGGCCUAUGUGAAUAACAGCCCCUCUGCAGCGCCCACUUUCACCUCCCCACCGCAGAGCACCUGCAGCGUCCCGGACAGCAAUUCUUCUUCCCCAAAUCAUCAGGGAGAUGGAGUUUCACAGACCUCUAGCGAACAACUUCAGCCUUCAGCCACCACCCAGGAAACACAGCAGUGGCUGCUCAAAAACAGAUUUUCUUCCUACACAAGACUGUUUUCCAACUUUUCAGGUGCCGACUUAUUAAAACUGACGAAGGAAGAUUUAGUACAAAUUUGUGGUGCAGCCGAUGGAAUUCGGCUCUAUAACUCACUGAAGUCAAGGUCGGUUAGGCCCCGCUUAACCAUCUAUGUCUGCCAGGAGCAGCCGGGCAGUUCAGUGCUGCCGGGGCAGCAGCAGGCUGCAGGCAGUGGCACCGAGAAUGGCAGUGGGACGCCUUACGUAUAUCAUGCAAUCUACUUGGAAGAAAUGGUUGCCUCAGAAGUUGCUCGAAAACUUGCGCUGGUGUUUAAUAUUCCUUUCCACCAAAUUAACCAGGUUUACAGACAGGGUCCCACUGGUAUCCACAUUCUUGUUAGUGAUCAGAUGGUUCAGAACUUUCAAGAUGAGAGCUGUUUUUUAUUCUCCACAGUAAAAGUUGAAAAUAGUGGUGGUAUCCACAUAAUAUUGAAGUGAUGUCUUAACGUAGUCUGAACUAUAUUCAGUACCAAAUAAAGUCACGCUUAAAAGUGUGUGAAGACUGAAUCCAAGAAGUCUUGGCAUUGGAUUUUACUGUAUGAAAUGUUUCAUAUUGAAAACACAAGAUGACCUUUCUAAUGAGCUGUAUGAGAGGCGAAUCUCCUCACUGUCACUGCCAUAGCCUAGCAUCCUCGUGAGAGUGAGCACAUCGGGACAGCAUGCCUGCUCUGGGGCGGUACAGGCUGGGCUGCCUGCCUCUCUGGCAGAGGCCAGUAGAUAGAGUUCCUCGAAGCAGACUUUGCUGUCUUUUUACACUGUAUGCGGUUUGGAAAUGAAUGUAAAAACGAACUGUGGGCAUUUACCUUUCUGUGCCAGUUUGGCCUUUAUUGCCUGAACCUUCUGCUGACCUGGGGGACAGUGCUGUCGUGGAGCCAGCACGGAACCUGCUGCAGAGAGAUGCGAUGUGCUGACAUAGUGCUCGGUGGUCAGGUAAGGGGCUUGGCACCUUCUCGGAAGAAAUCAUGUCUAAGGGUGUGCGUCUCACGUAAUCAUGCCAGACUGGGGAAGAGCCAAGCAGGAAGACGGGCUGGAAGCGAGCUGCAUUAUCAAGAGUACCUUGGUGAGAGGAUCAGUGUAAAUCCUAAUAGGUACAAAGACUUUCGUGUUUUUGCUUUGUCACAGAUUUAUUGAAAAACUUUGCUUCUGCUUCCAUUUUUAGCAUUUUGUUUCUGGUUUUCAUUUUUAAACCCCCAUUGCCUUUUAAACUUAUGUGGUUUUCUUUCUUUUCCCUCCAUCCCUCUGUCUUCGACUGCCCCCCAACUCAUCCUCACACUGUCCCCUUCUUAAACAUUUUUAAAGCCCUACCCCAGACAUUGGAAAUAGGUGACCUAAGCGGGAGAAAAAGUAUAGUUUCUGAUGUGGUAUUAAGGGGUCUUCAUUAUCAACAAGUUGAAAUAAUUCUUGGAACACUAGACAUCAUUAAUCGAACACUAAAUUGUACCAUGAAAAUUCCUUAACUUCUCAAAUAUGAGCUUUAGUAUAAUCAUGAGUAAAUGUUCUGGUGAUUAUUUAGAGGCUUUUUUAUAUAUCACAUAAGUUUCUUUUUCUAUAAAAAGAUUGCCUCUUUCACAAAACCAAAUGCUUGUCUGCCAGUAUACUUUUCAGAGGGAACCCAGUUUUUCCUCUGUCUCUUUCCUUCACCCAGAGCCUUUCCCAGCAUUCCUCAGUGAGAGCUGUGGAGGCCUGUGGUGUAGCACACCCGGUUGGUUUUAAACUUCGGUUCCAUUUUAAUUACAGCAUCUCUGUCCACUUACCAGGUGUCUUGGUUUUGGGUGUAUUGUUCAUCCUUAUCUUUGUUCAGGCAGAAAUAGGAACGAGUCCUUUUGAAUUUAAAAUCUCUCCCAGAAGAUGAACUACUUCAGUGAGUAAAAGCUAUGACUGUUUUAUUCAUAAAGGGGGUUGUCUGAUACAAAGCAGCACUGUGUCUGUUCCCAUCUUUGGUUUAAAAAUAUCUAUCACUCUUCUAGACCCUAAAGCAGGAGAGCCUUCCUGUCGUUUCCCCUUUGCUUUUGUAUGACCAUGUUUUCUGUACCAAUCAGUUGGGAAAGAAGAGAGCUUCUAUUAACUGUUUUAGUUUUGCUUGUCUAUUUAGCAUUUCUUUUUGAGUCUCAAGAUUUAUGGAACAAUAAAUGUCAUUUAAUGCUGUGUGCUAUUUUGAAUUCCUCAUAGGGUAUUAGAAGUGGGAUAAAAACAUUUAAAAGCUCAUCAAACUUGAAAUUACACCAAGUGGUGUUGAGCAUUAGUCUGUCCCAGUGAAACAAGUUAAAUUAUGGCACCAGCAAAUUUGCUACUUUGUUUUUUUAAUAGUAGGAUGUAUACAUUUCAGUAUAAUAAAUGUUUUCAGAUUGUUUUGCAAA